GAGGAAUCGUACUAUGGUCUCGAUCUUUCACUCCUGACGCUGCACAUCUUGCGACCUCCCUUGAUAGAGGGGCGUACUACAGAGGAGAAGUAUGAGAAAGACGGCUACGCUGUUAAGUGGACAUUUGUAAACGAACUUGAACUUAUUUUUGUGGUUGCAUAUCAGCGCAUACUGCAGCUAACUUAUGUAGACGACCUUCUUGCUGCCAUGAAACGACUGUUCAUUCAAUAUUUUGAACCUUUUGUCGCUUCAUUCGUAGCAUCGCUGCACAACAUAGGUACCAUUAAAAAUGCAGCUGCCGAAGGUCCGUCUUGGGAUUUCGCCAAAGCAUUCGAGCGUUGGGACACGCUUUUCGAUAAACUUCUUAAGAGCCUCGAGGAAAAAGCAGCCCAGGACCGCAAAUCUCGCUUGCGUUCAGUUGUACGUCCUGUUGAGGAUGUUACCCCUCCUUCAGAUGAACCUGAUACAGUUCCCUCAAUUAAUCCUGAUGUUCCCCAAGACGAGCAACAAAUAGCUCGCAAUGUCCAGGCUCUAAAGAGUCGCCUGCGUGGUCGGGGAGGUCGUCGUGUAACUCGGGGACGAGCUGAUUUAUCGAGUAAAGACAGCCCAGCAGAAUCGGACUCUGAUACUCAGUCUAAGCGCAAAGCAAAGGCUAAAGUGCAACGAAAGUGGGGAGACGAACCGGUCACAGAGUCUGAUAUGGCGUCGUUGGACUUUAGCUCCGAUAAACCGAGUGCUGGUGUCGACAUUGGAUCGCAUGACCUUGAGUCAUUAGUUGAUAAGUCAUCUCUUGGUCACCGUACCAGCGACGGUCUUUACGAGGUCAAAGAUUGGGAUUUCUCCAGAGAUAAGACAGCAAACGAUGCGGACGACGCUAUCGCCAGGGCUCUGAAGCCGUUGGAUUCCAGAACUUCAGGAGCUGAGGGAUCAAUGGGAGCAUUCAGCUCCAUUUUUGCCCGUUUGACGGGUUCCAAGACCCUGACGCAAAGCGAUCUUAAACCCGUCCUAGACGCCAUGAAGCAACAUCUCAUGAAAAAGAAUGUCGCAAAAGAUAUCGCUGAGAAAGUCUGUGAAGGCGUUGGUGAGAGCCUUAUCGGGAAAAAGGUCGGAGGAUUUCAAACACCGUACAAUGCAUUCCGAACCGCCCUUUCUACAUCGCUGACGCGAAUAUUGACUCCAAAAACAUCCACCGAUCUUUUGCUAUCUAUCAGAACAAAGUUGACUGCGCCUUUGCCGUCUAAUCAAGCACGGAUGCCAUAUAGCAUCACCUUUGUCGGUGUAAAUGGAGUUGGGAAAAGUACAAACCUCUCGAAAGUAUGUUUCUGGCUUAUUCAAAACGGAUUGCGCGUUUUGAUUGCAGCCUGUGAUACCUUCCGAAGCGGAGCUGUUGAACAGCUUCGAGUGCAUGUUCGAAACCUCAGCAUGCUCGGUGUUAAUGGGUCGACAAAUAGCAAAGGGCGAGUGGAGCUCUUUGAACGAGGGUACGGUAAAGAUGCUGCUGCUAUCGCGCGAGAAGCUAUCUUACAUGCAAGAGAUAACAAUUUCGAUGUUGUCUUGAUUGAUACUGCUGGACGAAUGCAAGAUAACGAGCCAUUAAUGCGGGCGUUGGCAAAAUUAGUUUCCGUCAACAAUCCUGACAAGAUCAUCUUUGUAGGAGAAGCAUUAGUGGGCAACGAAGCGGUCGACCAAUUAACAAAGUUCGACCGUGCUCUUCGCGAUUUUUCAUCCGCCUCUGGUGCAGGGAAUGGUCGCGGAAUUGACGGUAUGUUGGUCACCAAGUGGGACACAGUAGACGACAAGGUUGGAGCGGCUUUAUCAAUGACCUAUGUUACUGGCCAGCCAAUCAUCUUCGUUGGAUGCGGACAGACGUAUACGGAUCUUAGGCAACUGAGAGUUGCAAACGUUGUGCAAGCUAUUUUAAAGGAUUGA